AUCCUCAGCUGAACAACAACACCGGGAGCACGUGCCGUGUGUCAUGGCGGGCCCCGCUGCAAAGAUGGUCGGAGUCGGUGAGGAGUCGAGCAGUGACGAAGAUGAGGAGGCGCUGAGGAGGUGCCAGGAGGCCGUGUGGGAGACCCGGACAGAGCCGAGGACAGAUGGAGGCUCUGACCUGCAGCAGUCAAAGAGAGUCGUCGUCGCCGCCCACGAACACGACGGAAACGAGCUGCAGGUCACUCAGGGGUUUCAAACUCACGUCGCCAAGAAGCUGGGGAACCUUCUGGACAGCUGUAUUACAGAGAUGCAGACGUCGUCACGCGUGGAGUCGGCUAACCGUGACGACGACGACGACGACGACGAUGGAGGGUUUCGUCUGUUUUCUUACGUCGGUCCCCGGCCAAACAGCUGAUGAGCCUCCAGCUCCUGUGAGGCGUCGACCUGCUCCCAGCUCCAGUGACAGCGACAGCGAGAUGGAAAUGAGGCUGAAGGAGGCGGCGGUGUCCAUCAAAGAUCUCCUCCCUUCCUCGACGUUCUCAGGGAGCUUCACUGCUCGGAAACACAAAGAAGAGAGAAGAAGAAGAAAGAGGCAGAGGAGAGCCACGUUGUUCCAGAGAAUAAGAAAGAUGUGGGGAGGGAAGAGAGUAACGUUAAGA